AUGAUGAGGAAAUUGGAUGAAUCGGUGUUGCGAGUUGAGAGAAUCCAUGAAUUUGGCGAUGGAUUUACUGGAGGUGUUAAGUUUCGCGAAGGUUAUGGAAGUCACCGAGUUUACAGAUAUGACGCGAGCUGGUUGCAGACUGCUUCGUCGGCGGUCUCCGUCUUCUCCGAUCAUUCUGAAUCGAUGUUUCGGAGCAAACGAAUGAGCAGUUUUCAUUCUCAGGUACAAGAUUCAUACCUGGAACAAAACCGGAGGAAUUUACCACUAGGUUAUCGAUCUGAGAAUGUUUUAGCUCUUGAUGAGAAUGUUCCGGAAAGUGUUACACCUAUGUUUGACGGAACUAAUCCAGAUUCUUGGAUUGAGGAAGUGGAGAGGUUCUUUCGCCUUUUUUGUGAUGAGGAAAGAAUGGGAUUGGUAUUUCUGUGUUUAAAAGGCCCUGCGUAUAGGUGGUUUGCUUGGGAGACGGAAAGAAGGAGAAUCACGGAUUGGAUUGGUUUUAAGUGCAGAGUAUUGGCUCGAUUUGGCCAUGUUCGGAGUUGUUCUUCAGUUGAAAUGCGUGUAGAAGAGGACUCAAGUUUUCGCAGUGGAGCUAUUCAUGGAAUAUUAAUAGAGAAGAAAAUAGCAUCACCAUUUGUGGAGGAAGUUGUUGUGAUGCAUUUGUCUAUGUUUGAUGGAGCUAAUCCAGAGAGUUGGAUUGUGCAAGCUGAUCGGUUCUUUGUUCAUUACGAAGAUGAUGCAAAACUUGACCUCAUUUUUCUGUACUUAAAAGGUGAUGCGUAUAAGUGGUUUUAUUGGAUGAUGCGCAGACAGAGAUUCAAGGAUUGGAGUGAUUUUAAGAAGCAAUUGCUAGCUCGUUUUGGUCCUGCUAUGUGCUGUUCUACAGUAGAUGUGAAUGUGAAGGAUGAAUCCACUGUGCUCAGUGAAGGUGUUCAUGAGACAGAAGUAGAGAAGCAUAGCACAACGGUGGAAGAAGCUUCUUUAACCUCUGUUGCAAAAGUACACCAGAAAGAUUUGGUUUGUGAGAUUGUUCCUGAAACAGAUAUGGUGAAGCAGACAGUAACUGUGGAAGUGAAUUUGACAGAAGAAUCACCUUUUAGGAAUGAAGAUGUUUCUGCUGAUCCUGAAACUGAAGAGACAAAUCCAUAUGUGGAAGAAGUUUCGAUGAGCUCUGGGGACUCUCUUGUCCAUGCGUUAUCUUCACCAGAAAUAAUGUCAAAGAAAGAUUUAUUUCCUGAGACUGGUCAUGAGGAAGAGCUAAGUGAGGAGACAGUAUUGACAGAGGAAGAGUUGAUUUUCUACGAGGAUUCACACGGGAUACAACUCGUACAGAGACAACAACUUCAAUGAGGGAGGUUGAUAGUGUUACUCAGAAUCAGUUGCUUCCGUUUCCUCAGGACGUUGGUAAUGCACUUGUACGGGUCAGCAACUUACGUUCGCUAUAUGGUUGUAGCAAUGUCAGUGAGAAGUCAGAAGCACACCAUGUGUUUCAGCAAAUGUUCUGUAGGAAACUGUUUCAACGGAGGAAGAAAUGGUUGUCAGCUAAAUCGUGGAUGUUCAAAUUCAAAGAAGGGAAGCACACUAAAGCUCUACCACGGUUUGUCCAUAAGCUGAUGGAGGAAUGGUUUAUAAUGCCACAGACAAAACUACUGAGACAGGAAAAUCUGUCGUUUGCAGAAGAAGGAAGUGGCGUUGAGGUCAAAGGUAUUUUUGCAAAGUUUAUACGCUUCAAGAAUGACUGGUUUCGUAUGAAUGUGAUGAAAGUUGCAGAACAUGGGAAGAAAUCUCAUGGUCUGUGGCAGUCUCACCGUGUUCACCAACAAGUUACUCACAAAGUGAGAAGAGUAAUACGUGAGCACCAGCAGAGAAGAUAUACAAAACUUGGAAGUUUAAAUACAAAUCAAUAUUGUUGCGGCGGAGGCUUUAGAACCCUCAUGAACAGCUUGAGAUCGUGGAACUUCAAUAUGUGCCAUACAUCAGUUCUUACAUAAUGUCUGCAGCGGAUAUGGCAGUGGUGAUACAGUGGUUUCCAGGGAACAGAAGGCCAGAGCAUAUGACGUUUUAUGUGAUCCAUUAUCAGCUUGUGUACGAGAGUAAGCAUGUCAACUCUACAUUGUGGCUUGCCCUGCAAACGAUUUUUUUCAGUAGGCAAUGGCGCACAAACUCAUACGACUUGAGGAUAAUAAAGUUGACCUGAGAGCCAUUGGAAGUCUUCCAAAAGAUCAGCAAGAGGUGGUUUUAUCAUCAGAACAAGAUGCAUUCUUCAAAUCUAACAUGUAUGAAAAUUUUGGGGAUAUCGGAAUGAACAUCAAGCGAAUGGUGGAUGACUUUCAGCAGGUGGCAAAGAGUAACCAAAAUAUCCAGGU